AUGAUUGCCGACCUGCUCGCCGGCUCCAUCGUCAUGACGCUCGGCGUCGCCGCUGCCUCGCUUGCCACGUUCGCCUCCCUUGUCGGCAUACGCCUGCUGCAGCAACAGGCGGCGGCGCCGGCCGAUCCUCCCGACAGCACGCCUCGCGGAUCGGAGAGCACGCGGCGCUCGUCGUCCUCGUCGGCGGCACCAGAUACGCCCUGGCCCGAGCUGGCAGCCUUUGUCGGCAAGGCAUACCUCAUCCUGCUCGUGAUCUGCAAGCUCUACCUCUUGACUGGCCUCGUCGCCUCGCUCGCGGUCCUUCCCGCCACCGCCGUCUGCCGGCGGGACAAGAGCUUCCAGAGCAUGCUGGCGCCGCUCGGCUCGCCGCUCGACGGCUUUGUCCUCUUCGUCCUUCUCCCGGCCGCCGCGGUCUACCUGUUUGGCGGCUUCUUCUGGCGCGCCUGCCCGCACUCCUCCCCCCUCGCGGGCGUCGCAGCGCUCGCCACCCUCUACCUCCUCGCCGACGCCCUCGGCGCCGCUGCGCCGCUGCCGUCACGCGUCGGGCUGCCGCCGCUGGACAGGCAUUUGGCUGCGGGCGCGGCGCACGGCGGCCCGCUCGUGCUCCGGUGGGGCCCCACCCUCGCGUCGCUGGCGGCAGAGGCGGCGGCGGCCAGCGCUUCGCUCGCCCGCGCCGUCGCCGUCGCCCUCAUUCAGCUGGUGACUUGGACGAUGAACUGUAGCUGGAAUUUUCAUGGAAUCAUGCUCUAA